AUGCUCCCUACUAUGCUACUAGUUGGGCUCUCGGACAGGUUUAGACUGGGCUAUACUGAUCUCCAAUUAGCUUCUGAUGGAUGCGUGGACCAUUCACAAGGCUACUGUGUUAUUGUUACGACGGCUCCGACCACAAUCAAAGUGACGCCGAGCACUUUUGUUUUCUCGGGGAUGUGGAGUAGACACCGUAUUUUGAGACUUCUAAUGUCGGAGAGCCCCACUGAAGAUAGACCAACCAUGCGAUUGGCCAUGAUAUGUUUCUAUACAAAUAACGAAGAAAUGAAUUUCGAAUUUCAAGUCUCUUGUAAUGGGCUCCGAUUCAUGUCCAGACCACUUAACAUCGUUCAGUGCAUCGAAGUUCCUGGCCUCGUAUCUAGACCAUUCCAAGGAUUCCUGGGAGUAGCUGGUCUUUCUCAAUAG